UUUCUUCUUCUUUCUUUACAUCACACUUACAUUUUCCGACGCGACAAGGGCAUUCUAAUUCAUCGGCUUCCCAGAAUCGCAACAACCGAUGUCAAUAAAGUGCUGGACUAGAAACUAAUAGCGCCUCAUCUGGAUCAUCAUCACGCCAACGGCCAUCUGUGCGUGACAACCCCCAUCUCGACCCUGCCGUUUUGUUUACACUUGCGACAUCGGCAAUAAUACGACUUUCGACGCACUCCAGUCCUACUUCGAAGUGAGCCUGAUCUCACGCGCGGUCUCGAAUGACACAAUAGGAACCCUUUUAUCUCGACCGAUCUCUUUUUCCUUCGCGACACACAUACACAUAACACACAGACAUCAUGUCUGAUACCCCCCGCCAACUGAACGCGGCUCAGCUGGCUGCCAGAAAGAUCAAGGCGCCAACGAGGAGGACGAAGCCUAGUUCGAACCACGGUGGCGACGAUGGAAACCAGGCUCCUCUCUUCGCGCCGAUGCCGACGUCGAACUUUGGCGCCCAGAGUGCAGGCGGCCUGUUUGGGGGAGGCGCGGCGAGCGCGAAUAACUCGUUCAACUUUGCCGCUCCCUUGCAGGCCAACUUUGGCGGCUCCGUGUCCUUCCCGCCAUCGUCUACUCCGUCAGCCAUGGGCAACGCGUCGGAUAACGAAGAGGCUGCAAGACGCAACAAACCAUUCCAGAUGACUGGGUUUGGGUCGGGCGCUGCAAGCCCUGCACCACAGGCAGGUGGCGGAAUGUUUGGACAAAGCGCGGCCGCACCAUCGAAUCCUUUCAGCUCUACUCCCCAACCCCAGGCCCCAAGCAGUGGCUUCUCCUUCGGAGGCUCAUCGAACCAACCCACGAGUAAUCCAUUCUCCUUCGGCCAAAGCCCACACGCACUGCCGGCGACCGGCGGCUUUACCUUUGGUCAAUCUACGGUGCAAGCCGCGCCUGUAAACAACCCUUUCCAGACUUCGCAGGCGCCAUCAGGCACAUCUGGGCUUAGCUUCGGAGGCACGGCGGCGAUUACACAAGCUCCAGGCGGGUUCAGCUUCACGGCAUCUCAGCCAGCUGCUCAAGCAGCAAACCCAUUCCCGUCGUUUGGCAACGGCGCUCCCGCUGAGAAGCCAGCGACCCCAUCAUUCACCUUUGGACAGACCCAGCCACAAGGCGGGUCGCAAGCUGGGUCCUUACCUGGUUCCCAGACACCAUCGCGUGCUGAGUCUCCCGCAUUCAACUUUGGCGCACCGACUCCUGCGGCCAACAAGCCAGCUGGGGGCGCGUUCACAUUCGGACAGUCUCAAGCACAAGCCGCAAUGCCUGCGCAAACGCAAGCACCUAAUCUUUUCGGGCAGCCGACGCCAGGCGCAGCUGCUCCAUCUAAUCCCUUUGGCCAGGAGACUCCAGCAGCCGCUGCUCCAGCUUCUAACAUGUUUGGCAAGCCAGCAGGACAGGAGGCCGCGGCGCCAUUGAACCCAUUUGCGCCUACGGGCGGCAACCCGUUUGCGAAUAUCAAAAUACCAGAUGCUGCAACAUCCCCUGCGCCAUCGAGCAAUUUUUUCGGGAGCCAAACUUCUAGAUCUGUUAGCCCUGAGAAGGAUAUGUCUGGCACUGAGUCUGCAGCUGAGCCUACGCCAAGCUUGUUUGGUUCGACUAUGAAGCAGCCUACUAUUGCGAAUGAUCUCUUCAAAGUUCAAGCUGAACAGCGAGCUCCGAGCCCUGCAAAGAGCAUAUUCAGCAACUUUGGUGCUGCAACAACACCUGCGAAACCAGUGUUUGGAGGCCAAAAGACUUAUGGCUCCAGCUUAUUCGGAUCUCAUACUCCUAAAGCCCCUCCGGCCACGGAUUUAUUUGGAAAGCCAAAAGUUACGGAGGCGCCUAAGGCAGCUGCAACUCCUUUCGCGAAUGGUAAUACUGCAUUGUCCGAAAUUAACAAUGGCGCUAAAUCACCUUCGCGAAACGCGUCAACUCUCACUUCCAAACUGGGCGAUAUAAAUUCAUCCACAAGACUUAACCCUCCCACUUCUUUCCAACCACAAACAAAAUCACCUUCACGCAUCAACCACUCUUUUGAAUCCACCCCAACAACAAUAACAACUUCAACUGAAUUGGUUAAACUACCUGAUACUUCCAGCAUGGAUAUUUCCGAAUUCCAGAAAGUCGUCCUCGAACGUGCUGAAGAGUACGAUUUGAAUGAGUUGUUUACCAGAGCCCACAAGACAGAAAUCGCACGUAUCGUCGCAAAGUACUUCCCACCCACUCUAUCUCCCAGACAGCAACUGGAGGCGUACGCUGCUAUUCAGAUCAAGGCCCUGAAGAGACGUGCCGAGAUCGACAUGGAAAACGCAACUCAGCCUGCGAAGAAGAUGAGAAUCAAGGAGCAGCUCGCCGACUGGGAGCAAGAUGUUAAGCAAUGGAGCGUGGUUCAGGCCAAGAGAGUCGAGAAGCGCAAGGCCGAUAGCUUGACUGAUGAUGCUGGCAUGAAUGGCGAGGGAUCCAAUAAGCGUCAGAAGCCAGCUGAGCCAAAGGUUCAAAAGGCUGUUGCCCCUAUGUUUGGGUCGCCUGCGAAGUCAAACUCUGACAAGGCUCCUCUUCCAAACGCCAACAAACCGAAGGUUCCAUCGUCCCUGAAGAAUGUCUUCACACCAAAGCCCGCCGAGGCUACACCACCAAAGCCCACUGAGGCUGCACCAAAACCCGCCGAAGCUGCACCAACUCCGACGCCCAAGGCCAAGCGCAAGGCUGAUGUUCAGCUUACCAAAGAUGAUCCUACUGGCGAUGAGUCUACACCCAAGAACGGCAAGGUUGGGUCUGCUACAUCAAGCUUGUUCCGAAACAUCGUUGGGAGCACCCCAACCUCUACUCCAGAGAAGCCAAUAUUCUCGCUCACCAAGACUACUGAAGACAAGCCUCGUCCAAACCCAUUCGCGUCACUGAAGCUUCCACCAAAGGCUGCGUCUACCCCAAAUGGCGCGUCACCGUUGAAGGCUCAACACGCGAGCGCAACUCCAACUCCAACUCCAACUCCCGCACCCAAGGCAGCUGGAGGAUUUGUUUUCAAGCCCACCCAGCCAUCGACUGGCGGAUCCACGGAUUUCAUGUCUCAGUUCGCAAAGUCUGCCAAGAAGACUGCUGAUGCUGCGAUGGAGAAGGCCAAGGAUGAGGAUUGGGAUGAGGACGACGAGACUGAGGCUGAGUGGGAGAAGAGAUAUCACAAGGAGCUUGCUGAGAAGAGGGAGGCGCUGAAGCAGAAGCCAGCGCUUGCUGUUCCGACCUUCGGGUCCGCAGCGUCUACUCCCUCUGCUCAGUCUCCGACAGCGAAGGGUCCGGCAGGUGGUAACGAAGGGUAUGAAUUCUAAUUUCCUGAUUCUAUUUUAUUAGACUUUCUUUAUAGCAACUAAGUGGUUCCACUCCUGAUGUCAGUUUUCCAAAGUUGGUUCUGGCUAAGGUGUAACCUGAGACUCGUGAGGCGCAUGUUAAGCAACAUCUGCCUAGUUUUACGGGGCCAGGCUUUAUGGGCUCUUUUUGAGGCUUCAAAGCCUCAGAAAAGGAACCUGCCCCGGAGAAGCUGGCAGUGGUGGGAAGUUUCUACCAAGCCUGAGCCUGAGGCCUAACGUGCACACUGGUCCGGCCGGGCCUUUCCUCCUAGGGAGCCGCAUGCCCUUCACUGGGUGUGUCGGGGAACCAGGACUUUUACUUUCCCCGCCUUCCCCAAGAACAAUCAAUGUUAUAAAUUGAGCCAUGCUGACAUCUUUUAGGCUGACGAGCAGCAGCCGAUCUGGAACCUCGAGCCCGAACUCAGUCCUGAAUGAGUACGUUCCGGGCUCGGGUCGGAUCGGUUCGAAGCUGGGCAACCCGUUCGCCCACCUGUCGGACGCAUCGAGCGGGAAGGGCAACGAUGCCGACGACGACAGCGAUGGGGCUCCGGCCCCCACGCCAAAGGCCGCCAGCAGCCUC